AAGAGAUCAGAACAUUAGAUCUCACCGUCUCUCUGUCUAAACAGCAGCAAUGAUCGGAUUACUUUUCACUCUCUGUCUCUUUGGAACUGUGAAAUCGUCUGACAUCACUGAUCUUCAAGUACAAACAGUGAGGCGGGGAGACAACACGACAAUAAAAUGUCAUCAAAAAGCAGCCAAAGAUGAUUUAUUAUUUUGGUACCAACAGAGUUUAGGAAAGCUGCCUCAGUACAUCGUGAGACCAUUUGUGAAAGCAAUGUACAGAUUCAAAAACAGCCGCUUCACUGUGGAUAAUAAGACAUUUGAUCUCAGCAUUAAUGGAGUCAAAGAAGAAGAUAUAGGAAUAUAUUUCUGUGCAAAUUUAAAAUCAGGUGCUUUAGAGUUUCUAUCUGGAACCCUUUUACUGUUUGCAGAUGAGAAGACUGACCAUCAUCCUCCACCUGAACCUGCUAUCAAGAAUAAAGAAGCUGUUAAACUCCAGUGUUCAGUACAAGCAGUUACUCUGAGCUGUUCAGGAGAUCACAGUGUGUCCUGGAUCAGACACGGAUCAGGAGAAUCUCAUCCAGGAAUCAUCUACAUUCAUCCACACACCAGUGAUGAGUGUAAGAAAAGCUCUGAGACUGAUUCUCCUACACAGAGCUGCGUCUACAAACUCCCCAAGAGAAACCUCAGCCUCUCUGAUGCUGGAACUCAUUACUGUGCUGUGGCUGAAUGUGAGCAUGAAGCUGAAUCUACUGAAGGAGGUAAAUAA